AGUUGAAAUGACUUCAUCAAAGUAAACCGAAAUAUAAUCAGCGUGUUCAGUACUAGUUCAAGCUGUACGUUAAACUUCCCGAUACAGCCUCUCUCUCUCAAGUCUGGUACUCUGCUCUGGCGUGCCACCAUGAAAAGCGAACCAAACGACGGUUGACGCCAUACCUUCUCCCAUUCUCAAGCUAUAUGAACUUCAUUAUCUUUUAUCAGUUACAGUUGUCAGGCCUAAGGAAAACACUACCUCCUCUGAUUUGAUCCCCAAAAUGAAAAUACUACAAAUGGGAGAGGCCCGAGAUGUCCACGACGGAAGCUCCGGUGGCCGGACGGUGGUGGUAGCAAUGAAGUUGGACUCGGCCAGCAAGGAGCUGCUCACAUGGGCUUUGGUCAAAGUCGCUCAGCCUGGUGAUGUUGUGGUGGCUCUUAAUGUUCUUGGCAACAAUCAAAUCGUCGAUCGAGAUGGGAAAUUGUCCCUUCUUUCGCUUGUCAACGCAUUCGACUCUGUUCUUGCUGUUUAUGAAGGUUUCUGCAAUUUAAAACAGGUGGAUCUCAAGCUCAAAGUUUGCAGAGGUCCAUUAGUCCGUAAAAUAUUAGUCCGGGAAGCAAAUGCUUAUUCUGCAACUCAUCUUAUAGUAGGAAUAGCCCAUACCCUCCAUACAAUUCGGCCGACCACCUCCGUAGCUAAGUACUGUGCCAGAAAGUUAUCCAGGAACUGCUGUGUUCUGGCUGUUAAUAAUGGGAAAGUAGUGUUCAAGAGUAAUGGCUCCCCAGCAACUCCUUCUCACUUUAAAGGAAUUGAUCGUCGGAGCAAAAUUGGUUUGCUUGAAACCAUUCACCGGACAUUCAAUAAGAGUUCUAAAGUACUAAAUGACGACACUACAGAAAAUAAGCAUGGUAAAUCUUUUCUGGGGUCUAAAGAAUCUUUGAUUAAGAAACCAAGCUGCCCAAUAAGUGGCUCAAUUUCAGCACUGCCAAGCAUAUCCUGCCACCAUUCUGCUUCAGGUGAUGCUUUGGAUGUAGUGCCUGUACAUACAACUGAAGCAGCAUCAAGAACAGCAACCACCUUGUCUGACAGAGAACUACCUGAGCUGAAACCUGGUUGGCCAUUGUUACAACGGACAGUUUUAUCAGAUAGAGAGUCCCAUGAUAUAUCGUCGAUGCGCCAGAUAUCUGUGGUCCAGUGGGCAAUGCAGCUGCCUUGUAGGAAUCUUUCAUAUGACACAACAGAUCAUGAUCAUAAACAAACUAUAGCCUUAGAUGGCAGAAGCGGUGCUAUUGUUCCAGUUGAUGUUGUAAUAAGGACUGAUUCUUCUUCACCAGGCCGCAAUUCAAAAAGCAUUCCUAAAGAAUUAGAGGAUCUACACGAGAAAUACUCAUCCAUGUGCAGAUUGUUUCAAUAUCAAGAACUUGUACGGGCAACUUCAAAUUUCUCGCGAGAAAAUUUGAUUGGAAAAGGAGGAAGUAGUCAGGUGUAUAGAGGUUGCCUUCCUGAUGGCAAGGAGCUUGCCGUUAAGAUUUUAAAGCCUUCUGAUGAUGUUUUGAAAGAGUUUCUAUUGGAAAUAGAAAUUGUCACUACCUUGCACCAUAAAAACAUUAUUUCCCUCUUGGGUUUCUGCUUUGAGGAUGGCAAUCUUCUUAUGGUCUAUGAUUUUUUGUCUAGAGGAAGCCUUGAAGACAAUCUUUAUGGGAAUAAGAAAAAUCCACUCGUUUUUGGCUGGACCGAGAGAUAUAAGGUGGCAGUGGGUGUUGCUGAGGCUCUGGAUUAUCUGCAUAACAAUGGUGCUCAAUCUGUGAUCCACAGAGAUGUGAAGUCAUCAAAUGUAUUAUUAUCUGAGGACUUUGAGCCCCAGCUCUCUGAUUUUGGUCUUGCUAAAUGGGCGUCAACAUCAUCUUCACAUAUAACCUGCACAGUCGUUGCUGGAACUUUUGGUUACUUGGCUCCAGAGUACUUCAUGUAUGGCAAAGUCAAUGCUAAGAUUGAUGUCUACGCAUUCGGUGUUGUCGUCCUUGAGCUUCUUUCUGGAAGAAAACCCAUAGGUGGAGAUUACCCUAAAGGUCAAGAGAGCCUCGUUAUGUGGGCAAGUCCAAUUCUUAAUAAUGGAAAGGUGUCACAGCUGUUAGAUCCAGGUUUGGGCGAUAACUAUGAUAAUGAGCGGAUAGAGAGGAUGGUGUUGGCAGCCAAACUUUGUAUAAGACGUGAUCCAAGAGCUAGGCCUCCUAUGAGCCUUAUUUCGAAGCUUCUUCAAGGGCAUGCUGAUGGGGUCAAAUGGGCAAGAUUAGAAGCUAAUGCUUUGGAGAAACCAGGCAUGCUCAACGAUGAAGCUUGCGCGCCUUCUAAUCUGCAGUCGCAUCUCAAUACUGCACUGCUUGACGUGGACGAUGACUCAAUCUCGAUGGGCAGUGUUGAGCAGAAUGUGUCCUUGGAAGACUACUUAAGAGGUCGAUGGAGCCGCUCAUCCAGCUUUGACUGAUAAAAAAAUUGCUUGCUUGAAUUCUCUUUAUUUUAUUUUCUUUUGUUUUUAAUCUAUUUUCUUUUUUGGUUACCUCUUGCAUAAGCUUGAUUCCCCCCCCCCCCUUCUGGGCUUAGGAUGAGAGGUUGUUUAUAGGUGCCCUCCUCCCCGCCUUGAAUAGUCUGGAAAUUAAGCCUUGUGAUUUCAUGGGAUAGUUUCUUUCUGUUGAUUUGAUUCUAUUUGAAAUGUACGCAAAUUUAAUUGUAAUCUUAUCAUAGCGGUGAGGGAUGAAUGAGUUUGUAUAUAAGUGUUCGUGUGAAGUCCAAUAAAAGUAAGUGAUUUCAAUUUCUUCGA